UUUGAUCAAUUAAUGGCUACAUUUAUUUGUAAUAUUAUUUUUGCUACAUUCAAUGACAUAUUUGUUUAUUUAUCAAGUCAGUUAUUUAUUUAUUUAUUGAAGAUUUUUUAUUUUGGCAGGUUACGUCCUCCAUAGAUUAUAUCUAGUUCAUACAGUAAAUAUGAUCAUCAUGUAAAUAACCAGUUCAUUUUCUGAUAUAUCUAUCAAACAUAUUAAUAUUUACAUCAGUAAUAUUCAUAAACAGGCAGAUUUUGUCAAUAAUAAUAACAAAUAUAAAUAUAUCUGUAGAUAAUGUUUUGGGAAAUGUAGUUUAUUAAGUCAACAAAACAGGAUGAAGGAAAACUGGUCAUUUAACUGUUCGUGUGUGUGUGUUUCCAUGGAGACGUUGGGAUUAGAGACAAUAAGGAAGUGGACUCUGAUCUCAGGUGUCGUAGCCGAGACUCAACAGACAGAAGCUGAAACUUGAAGAGAGAACACGACUGAAGAAACCACCGUGGUUCUACUGAUCAGAACAGAACAGAACAGAUCAGAACAGAACAGAACAGAUCAGAACAGAACCUGCUGGUUGUUGCGGCUGAGUGAAGAACGAUGAAGCUGGAUGUGAAGAUUCAGCUGCUGAAGUUCUGCUUCCAAGUUGUGAACUUCAUCUUCCUGGCUCUGGGUGUUAGUGUAUCUGGUAUUGGGUUGUGGAUCCUGUUUGACAGAGGAAACCUCCUGACCGUCCUCCCAGAUCGACCUCCAGAUGAGCUGCGUGUGGUGGGGGCGGGGUUGAUGCUGAUUGGCGUGGUGGUGUUAGCGGUCAGUGUGGUCGGGAUUCUCGGAGCUGACAAAGAGAACCGGGUCCUGCUGCUGGUGUACCUGGGCUUCCUCAUCGUCCUGGUCCUGGGUCAGCUGUUCGUCACUCUGCUGCUGCUCUUAAACAAAGACAAGAUUGAGCGUGGUCUGGAUCAAACAGUGGAUCAGAUCAUCCUUCAGUACAGAGACAACAACAGUAACGACAGACUGAUGGACAAGAUACAGAACUACGAAGGCUGCUGUGGCAGGACGGGGCCUGCUGAUUGGCUGAUGAACUCUUACAUUCAGAGUCUGAACCUGAGCGCUCCAGACGUACUUCCUUGUUCCUGUUUCAGAUCGCAUCGUCCAGCCGUUAACUCACCGUGGUGCUCCGAGCUGCUGAACUUCACCGCCCCGCUGUACGGGCGAGGAAACGGCUCGUAUGCUCAGGGCUGCAAACAGAAGGUCAGCGACUGGCUGCAGGAAAACUUUCUGACAAUCGUCAGCAUGGACGUCGGCCUCAUGUUGAUCCAGGCGGUCCAGUUUGUCAUCACGGUGUACCUGUACCGCGCCUUUGGCAGGAAAGCCGCUUUGAAAAGAGCCGAUCGUCUGGCCGACCCUGAAGAGGACCUGGACUACGGAGAGCAGAACUACGCCUACGCAGAUCCUGAUUAUGCUUAUGUAGACCCCGCCCACCCAGCACAUCACCAUGACUACCCUGAAUCUGUGGACCCCACCCAGCUGGCGGCUUAUCACCAUGACAACCAGAACUACAACUAAAUGUACCUGGAGCCAGCCCCGGGUUAUCGACAGACUUCAAACUAAACUGAAUGUUUCUGCUCAUAUUUGAUGUUAAAAUCAAUAAUGUAAUAAAAUCUGGAAAAACUUCAAGUA